AGAUUCUUCUAUUGCCAGUUACUUUAAACCAACUCUAGUUCUGAGGUCGUACUCACCUGGAAAACAAGCCAGCAAUAAUGGGGGUGUCCGACUUCUUCGUGGGGGAGAUCGCAGCGGAGCUUCUCAAGCAACUCUUCACCAUCUCCCGCAAGUCCUGCUUAUGCAAGUCCAGCGCCGCCCAGCUCAUCACUUACAUCGAAGAGCUGCUUCCCAUUAUUCAAGAGAUCAAGUACUCUGGUGUGGAGCUCUCCGCUUUCCGUCAAUCGCAGCUCGACCGCCUGUCCGGGACGCUCAACCAGGGCCGGGAGCUGGCCAAUAAGGUGCUCACAUCCCCCCGCUGGAACGUCUAUAAGAACCUCCAGCUCGCCCGCAAGAUGGAGAGACUCGAGAAGACCGUCUCCAGAUUCUUGCAGGGCCCCAUGCAGGCGCACAUGGUCGCUGACGUUCAUCACAUGAGGUUCGAGACGGACGAGCGCUUCGAUCGGCUCGAGGGGACGGCGCGACGGAUUGAGCAGGGUCUGGAGCAGCGGCUCUGCGCUAUGAAGAUUGGUAUGGUAGGCGACGGAUGGGGCGGAGGGUGGGAGAAGCACGCGGUCAGGAGAGAGGAGGAAUUGAUGCCAAUGGAGACUUUUUUUGAGAAUUCUUUAAUGGGGUUGGAAUUGGGGAAGAAGAAGGUGAAGGAGAUGCUGAUUGGAAGGCACGAGAAUGGAGGAGUUGUUGCAAUUUCUGGGAUGGGUGGGUCUGGCAAGACGACUCUCGCUACUGAGCUUUGCAGAGAUGAGGAAGUUCGGAACUACUAUAAGAACAGGAUUUUGUUCCUGACAGUCUCGCAGUCCCCAAAUGUGGAGCAGUUGAGAGCAAAAAUUUCUAGAUUUCUAUUUGGGAACGAGGCCAUUGGUUCUCUUUAUGCAGUUCCUCAGUGGAAUGUUCAGUUGACUUCCUCAAAUGGAUCACGAAAUCUGGUAGUCUUAGAUGAUGUAUGGUCACCCUUGGUUCUUGAACAACUGAUUUUUAAAACAACUGGGUGCAAAACCCUUUUCGUUUCCCGAUUCAAAUUCCCAACAAUUGUUAACGACGCCACAUAUGAGGUGGAGUUGUUGGGAGAUGAUUAUGCCAUUUCUCUGUUCUGUCUUUCUGCUUUUGGGCAGAAGUUCAUCCCUCCUGCUGCUAAUGAGAGUUUGGUCAAACAGAUUGUUGAUGAGUGUAAGGGUCUUCCUUUGGCUCUUAAAGUAAUUGGAGCUUCACUACAUGGAAAGCCUGAACAAUGUUGGGAGAGUGCAAGAAAAAAGUUGUUAAGAGGGGAAGCCAUCUGCGGAGUGCAUGAGAGCAAAUUACUUGAGAGAUGGCAAUAAGUGUUGAACAUUAAAGGACAAGUUAGAGAAUGCUUCUUGGAUUUGGGAUCUUUUCCAGAGACAGAAAUUCCUCUUGAUGUUCUCAUCAACAUGUGGUCGGAAGAGGAGCUGCCCUGUAUUUUCCCUUGCCUUGAAGAGCUGACAAUUGACCAUUGUGACGAUUUAGUUGAGCUGCCUUCAAGCAUCUGUGAUAUGUCCUCUCUCGACUGUCUAAGCAUCAGCAAUUGUCACAACCUCCGUGAAUUGCCUUCCAAUAUAGGCAAGCUGAAGCGUGUAGAGAUUCUGCGGCUAUAUGCUUGCCCAACACUGAAAGCUAUUCCCGAAGGGAUUCGAGAGCUAGUUCUGUUGAAAUACCUUGACGUCUCUCAAUGCAUUAACUUGGCACAUCUUCCUGAAGAUAUUGGAUGUCUAACACGACUAGAGAAGAUUGAUAUGAGGGAAUGUCCGCAAAUUCAGAGACUACCAAGGUCUGCUGCCUUGCUGCAGUCUCUAAGACGGGUGAUUUGUGACGAUGGGGUAUCAUGGCUGUGGAAGGAUUUGGAGAAGACAAUACGAGGUUUUCAUGUUCAAAUUGCCGAGAAAUGCUUCAGUCUAGACUGGCUUGAUGAAUGAUUUAUCUCAGUGUUAUUUAGUCACGUGUAAAUAAUUUUUGAAUUAUGUUUCCCCUUCUCACACCUUUGUACACUUACAUAUUGCAAGUGAAAUUUUAGCUUUUAACUACCCGUACCAUCUUGUCUUCCCUCUGUACAAGUGCAAAGUCUCAUUUUUGUAUCACAAUUCAAUUCGGCUGAUUUUUAUCU